AUGGUUGACAAAACUGUCCGGCGCGUCCUACCUGGGUUAGAGGAUAAGCUGCAGCUGGAGAAUCUAAAAUUUAAGGUGCUUCUGUCGGCCGCUGACGAGAAUCUGGAAAAGCUCAGCUGCAACUCAUCCGGGAAGAGCCGACGUAUGCGGUAUGCGGUGUGGAAAAGUAAAAGACGUUUGUUGGUGUUGAACACUGGGCCAGACCAGAACACUAGAUAUAUUCUCGCUGCAUCAGAAAGUGCGUCGGCCGCCAAGGACAGACUAAACCAGCUGGGCAGUAUUCCGUGGAAGAUCAACAGCGAAGUGAUGGCGUUGUUCAUCAGAGCAGCAUCUCCAUGCUGGACCUUUCUUGCCCUCCCUCCGCGCAGUGAAUUGACCGGUUACGAUUGGUUCAUCUUGAUGCGCAAGAAGAUGACCCACUGGCGCAAAGCUCACCUGAUUCCCCCGCACCUGAACCACUCUGCUAUAAUCUGUCCCGCAGCCUCCUUAGUUCGGUAUGAUUUUGUACACAUAAUUGAAUAAAAUCCUGUUUUUU